AUGUUUGCCAAUUCUUUAACUCGUGAGGUAUCCCUGAAGGUCGGGCCCGUCAUCUUGGAGGUUCUCGUCAAACACUACUUCGACCGACUCAAAGGCGAUGCGGACAGUGCAGGGCUGGAGGGUAAUUUGAAGCAGGAUGAUGUCUUGUAUCACGAGGCUUUUACAAUUGUUAAGUCUUUUUUAAAUGCCUCUAGUUUCCAUACCAUCGAGGAACUUCAGGCUUUCUCGAAUACACGAACCCCGUCACCGCCAUGGACCCACAUGGUCAGAGUGCUCGUUCCCAUGUCUUGCUGCGAAGACGCUGCGCCAUAUCUGAUCACUGCCCUCGGAGGUGAAGAUGUUGCGCAACGUCUAGUCGGGGGUGUCAAAUGGUGGCAAGUUCGUGGAGUCAAUGGUGUUGAUGCUCAGUGGUUAACUGCCAGAAAGGAUUGGCAAGAUGCUAAGCGAAGACACAAGAAGCGGCAGCAACAGAGCAAGAAAAACGGUCCAUUGAAUCCAUCAUCACCUGUUGGUGAUGUUUUCCCGGAUUCAUCAUCCCCAACGGACGGGGCCUUUUCUUCGUCAACGCCAGAAGGCGAAGACCAGGACAAGAAUGAGGGAACAUAUGAAAAGAACAUGGAUGAGAUGCGGUGUAUUUUAUAUCUUCAUGGAGGGGGUUACUAUUUUGGAAGUGUGGAUCAGGAAAGAUACAGUAUACAACGUUUUGCUCGCAAAAUCAAUGGUCGGGUUUUCGCUAUCAAUUAUAGACUAGCGCCACAGUACCCAUUCCCCUGUGGACUUCAAGAUGCUCUGGCUGCAUAUCUAUAUCUUAUAAGACCUCCGGCUGGUUCUGCUCAUCGUGCUGUUGACCCUGGUCAUAUAAUUAUAUCAGGUGAUUCCGCAGGAGGAGGCUUGUCGCUUGCUCUUCUGCAGGUGAUUCGUGACACUGGUUUACCAGCACCUGCUGGAGGAGUUCUUAUAUCUCCAUGGUGCGACCUUACCCAUUCCUUUCCUAGUGUCCACAUCAAUACACAGACGGUUCGUCGCAUUCCUUUUAUUGAAGAGCUGACCAGCUCAAAAAUACAGCAGGACAUUAUACCCGAUUCCGGCCUUUCUUUCCACAAACCAAGUCUUCUCUGGCCACCACCUUCAGAAGAUCUAUCAAACCGGGUGCACGCUUCUCUACGUUUUCGAAUACGUCAAGCAUUCAAAUCCGAUGAAUCGGCUCGGCAAACGCAAGAAUCAACAUUCUCUGAAGCUCAGGGCGAUGCUCCAGUCACUCCAGUAGCACCUUCGAAGGCCCUCUUCGACCCUGAGAAGGUUAUAUUGCAAACAGAAUCUGGUGAAACGAUUGAAGUAACCCAACAACUACAAUUUUAUGCUAGAAAUAGCAUGCUGGGCCAUCCGUUGGUCAGUCCGGUAAUGGCGUAUCUCGGUGGUCUUCCUCCUUUACUAUUCAUUGCAGGCGAUAAGGAGGUCCUCCGGGACGAGAUUAUUUACACUGCUCACAAGGCUGCCUAUCCUGAAAAAUUUCCGGUACAGGAUCGUACACGAGAUUUGUGCCCACAUCUAGAUGGUGUCGAGAAAAGGUAUAAAGCGACAUCGGUCCAUCUACAAGUGUACGACGACAGCCCUCAUAUUUUACCCGUCUUGUUCUCGUUCACUACCCCUGCCAAAUUCUGCUUCCGCGGUAUCGCAAGCUUUUCGAAGUUUGUAACGGGACUGGCGACUGUACCUUCUUCCUCCAGCAGCAAUAGCCCAACGCCAACACCGCCGCCUAUUUCGCGGCGUCAGAGUCUAUUCGCUGGUUUUAAAUCUACCCCCCGCCGUCACGAGAAAGAGCAAUAUGUUCCUGCUCUCGUUGUGAACGGGACAGCUUUUGCUGAUCCGCCUGAGGAUAAAGGGCCUGCGCAACCGAAAGGUGUCAAACCUGUUCUUCAACGUUCAUUUUCUUCACAUCUGUCUCGAGCUGGAAGCAUUCUUCGGCGGCAGACGUCUUCUCCAGGCAUGAUUGUAACAUCUUCAGAAACUUCUGCGCGGAAUCAGACACUUUCUAGAGAUGUUGGUUCCCCCACUAGCAGAGGGUCGGUCACCUCAAGCGAUGUUGGAGGCCAUAGAUUCCAGACAUCCCCCGCCCACUCCAUAACCCCUGCAACAGAGGAACUUUUCGCAGGCGAUAUGGCAGUUUAUCAGGGCAUCAAGGAUAUUCAUUCCUGGGAAUGUCGGAUGAUCCGCGAACGAAUAUCUACUGCAGGAAUAUCUCGACCUCUCGAACCUGAAACGGAGCUGGACGCUAUUCAAAUGCCACCUGAACGCAUCGGAAUAUUUGGAGAGAAAACCACCACUCGUUUUUUCAAGGAGCGUGCUUUGUUCGAGAAAAAGUUUGCCAAGGUUUACAAAGCAGUUGAAAAGCAACGUCGACGCAACCUUGAGAGGGCUAAAACGGAUACUAUCAAAAAAUUGGGUAUUCUCAAACAAUCAAUACGGCGAGACGGUGCUGCGGCUGUAAAUGGCAAUAAGAAAGUUUUAAGAGAGAACGUACUGGCAUCACCCGGUUGGGGGUGGGCAUGGGCCUUGGACGGAGAAUACCCACCGCCUAGCAGCAUUGUCUCCAGAAGGGAUACUGAAGAAGCCCAGAAGCUUGCGGAUAUCGCAGAUAAAGCUGUUCUGAGUGGGGACCAGACUUUCAGCGGCAAUAAUUUGUGGGCUGUUGUCAUAAACUUUUUGACUGCAACGCCUGGGAGGCAGACGCAUACAUUGUACACUAAAGCUUCUGUAGAGUCGUCGGAGGGGACAUCAAGUGAAGCUGGGACGUCCACUUCUGGCGAAAAUCGCGCACCCAGAAAACAAAGGUCGAAGCUGUCCUUGUUUCACCUCUGGAAACGAUCUAGCUCAGGAGAGCGCCAACGUGAACUGUCAUAG